CGCCUCCCCCCCCCCUUCUCUCGCCGAUCCUCCUUCGCCUCUCUCUCGAUCAUGUCUCCGCCAAUCAUGUUUCCCGAGAUUGAUUGCCCGCCUCCAUGUGGACAAUUCGACCUGGUGGUCGCCGCCAGCACCAACAACUUCAUCGGUGGCGACAGCUACAUCCCCUGGACUUUGAAGUCGGAUCUCGCGCACUUCCGCCGGGUAACCACCGCGAGACCCAGCUUCGUCCCCGACUCGACGCCUUUCGUGAAUGUGGUCAUCAUGGGCCGAAUCACCUACCAGUCGCUGCCGGACAAGUUUCGCCCUCUUCCUGGACGACUGAACAUUGUCCUUACUCGUGGAAAUAGCGCCAACAUCCCCGAUCAUCCACUGGUUCGGAAGGUGGGCUCGCUUGAUUGUGCCCUGAACUUGGUCCAGGAACUCCGGAGGGCCGGCCCCCUGCUCACUGAUGCCGGGCCCGUGGCUGUUGGGUCAUCCUUCGUCAUUGGCGGCGGGGAAAUUUAUGCCCUUGCUUUUCAGCACCCGGCUCGUCGGUUGCUGUUCCUGACUCGUGUGAAGGUCUCCAUCGACGUGUCUCUUUUCACUCGUUCCGCAUUCAUCCAAGAUGUCGACACGUACUUCACCCAGUUGAAGGACAAGACACGCCAGCUGCCAGAAGAGGGUGGCCUCGAGUCGCAGGUUGAGAUGUGGCUUAACAGCGGCAUCAUGCCCGCCGUGCCCGAAGCCGAUACCGCGCCGGUGGCGUCCGAGCAGGAUACCCUUGACAAGGGCGGUGAUUCUGAGGAAGAUUUCCUGGCCAUGAUGGCUGGUGCCAAGGCCGCUGAUGCCCGCGGUCGCCGGACCUCCUUCUAGAGGCAACAUGAGUGUCUGAAAAGUGCGGCAUUCGCCCUCCUCCUCUGUCUCCCUCUGUCUUCCUUUCUUUCUUUCUUUCUUUCUCUCUC